AUGCUGAACAACUGCGGAGAGUCCAAAUGCAGGGCCUACGGGCAGCACCUGUGCGACCAGCAAGGGGGAAAGCAGACCAAGCAAAGGGACCCAAACGAGCAGUACUACCAAGUGGCGAGUAACCUCUUCCCCAACGGGGACAGCUCAGAGAGAAGAGAAGGGGCCACCAUCGGUGGAGGCAGGAUGCUGAGUGGCAGCCCCAUGAUGAACAGCACCAGCAUGAUAAGCAGCGGAGACGCGCCCCCCCAGAAUGCCAGAAUACUCAAACCGCUGGUCCAAGAAAAAAUCGUCGAAAUUAUGAAGCCAGAAAUUGAAGAAAAAAUAAUCGAAGUGCCACAAGUGCAGUAUAUAGAAAAACUCGUAGAAGUCCCACACGUCAUCCUCCAAGAGAAAUUAAUCCAUGUUCCCAAACCAGUGAUUCAUGAGAGAAUCAAAAAGUGUCCCAAGACUAUCUUCCAGGAAAAGAUCGUGGAAGUUCCACAAAUUAAAGUGGUAGACAAAAUAGUGGAAGUGCCUCAGUAUGUGUAUCAGGAGAAAAUAAUCCAAGUGCCAAAAAUCAUGGUGCAAGAGAGAAUCAUUCCAGUACCUAAAAAAGUGAUCCAAGAAAAAAUCGUCGAAAUUCCUCAGAUCGAAUUAAAACAUAUAAACAUUGAAAAGGUCCAGGAAAUCCCAGAAUACAUCCCAGAAGUGGUCAAGAAAGAUAUUCCAUACACACAGAUAGUGGAUCGCCCUUUUCACGUCGAAAAAAUUGUGGAAGUUCCGCAUGUUCAGCAUAUAUACAGAAAUAUUGUCUCCCCACAGUAUAGACACAUACCCAAGCCUGUGGAAGUCCCAAUGGCACAUUAUAGGACAUUCCCUAUUGAAAAGCUCGUCGAUAGAAAUGUACCUGUCCCGGUUGAACUUCAAAUAGUCCAAGAAUUCUUAUGCCCAAAAAUUGAAGCCAGAUAUAAAGAAAUUCCUGUCCCUGUGCAUGUGCAACGGAUUAUUGAACACCCUAUUCCUAAGGACGCCAUGAAUAACCCAUUUCUUCUGCCCCUCUACUAUCAGGAAGACAAUGUCGACACGGCAUCGACUAAGGGAAGCUCGAACAAUUGCUUCUCUUUCAACUGGAACAAUAAACAAAACGCUACAAGAAUUAACAAGGGAACGAAGCAACCAUCUGUCGAACUGUUACUACAUAAUGACAAAUAUCACAAUAAGGUCAACACCAAUCGGGAUGUGCAUAUGAAAGCCAAAUUUGUUCCUCCUUCUGGAAAUGUUUACCCAAGUACACACUUAAGAGAUGAUGACCCCCUAACCGCGCAAUCCGCUUAUCAUUACCCAAAUGGUACACAACAGGGUAAUGCUUCCCUUCACGGAAAUGCCGUCCUAAACCAGCUGUACAAAACGCAACAUGUCACCAGUCAGACGGAUUACCCUUCCAACUUUAACACUCCCAUGAUGUCUCCUCAAGAUCAAAACAAUAUGUUUAAUGGGAGCAACACCAUGGGGUUUACCCACCCAAGUGACAGGGAAGUGGGUAUUUCUUACUCUCCCAUUUCGGCCCUUGGCCAGGUCUCCCCGCAUGGCGAGUUGAACUGA